AUGUCUCUUUUCAAAAAAGACCCGGGACUCAAAUCGCUUUCGAAUCUCAAAUCUUCUGAGCGCAGAAAGCUAUACGCUGCUAUUUGUAGCCAGUAUGGGCUGGAUGAGCAGGCUUUGGCUAGUGACGAAGUCAAAUACGCUACAUUCAAAUCUCCCCAUGCUCGGGGCACGCUGUACACGGAUUUGGAGGGCGUUCCCAUCUGGUUCCAAACGAGAGACUCUGAGCUGCUACCAACCCUUUUUACACUGUGGAAAUAUCCUUACAUUGUGCCAUUUGUCAAUACCCACCAGUACGUUAUAGAGCGGCUUGUUAACGGCUCGAAUCUCAUGCUUCCAGGCACAAUUCCCCCGUUUCCUGAGGGUGCCAAACAGGGCAAGGUGGUAGCUGUUGGCGAUUACAAGAAGCCAAACGUUGCUGUCGCUGUUGGAUACUGCCAAAUGGAUUUAGGCGGCGUGACAGAUGUCGUUGGAACCCAUGGCGUAGCCGUUGAGAUAGUCCACGUCUAUCGAGACUGGCUGUUUACAUUGGUCAAGGGAGUAAAACUUCCAGACAAAACUAAUGUUUUGCCUACCAGUGUGUCUGUGCAGAAGCAAGAGUCUUACCAAGAGGAAGUGGAAGAAGCUACACACAAACUUGAAGAGACAGAUAUGUCAACCUCAUUGACUGUCCAGGAUAUGGACGACAUGUUCUUCCGGGCAACUCUGUACUCAAUCAGUCAGGAUACCAUUAAUACACCUAUCAAUGCGUCAUUGUUCAUGUCGGGCCAUGUGUACAAGAACUUCCCUCCCAUGGACAGCAAUCUGAUCAACAUAAAAAAGACAUCCUGGAAAAAGACUGCAAAGUAUCUCAAAGCGAUGGAAAAGGAAAAUCUGCUGAAACUAAAAGGAAAGGGCGACGACGUGGUGGUUGUGUGGGUAAACAAGGAACACGAAAAGGUGAAGCGAUUCGAGCCAUACAGAGUUAGGAAAAAUAAGUCUGGGGAAGCAUCGAAAAAAGAUACAGAGUCAACAGAGCUGCAAGUGACGCAGCUGUACAAAGCGCACUCUUCAGCAUCAAAUUUUCUCCGUCUGUUGGAUUCGUCGCAAGAUUACUAUACUCUCCAAGAGAUUAAAGCAUUGGUUGGUAAAUACAUACAAAUACACCAUCUGGUGAGCAAAAACGACCCAAAAAGCAUCACUGCGGACGAGCCGCUGCAACGGUUGCUGAAGACUGUCACGAUUGAGAGAGCGAAGGUGGUGGACAUUCUGGUGAAACAGCAUUUCUCGCCGUACUAUAAGGUGAGUCGUGGAGAUGAGUCUACCAAGCCCAAGAAGGGACAGGUGCCUAUAAUCAAAAUUGUGGAAGAAAUGAAAAUCGGACGCAAAAUCAUCACCAAGAUCAUCGGCGUGGAGGAGUUUUUGAUCGAUCCCGAAGAGGUCAGCUCCAUUUUGAAAGUCAAGUGUUCGGGUUCCACCACCGUCGCUGCCAACGUUCAAAAUCCAAAACUCGUGGAAGUCAGCGUGCAAGGCCCGCAUUUCAAAACGGUCCAGGAUCUUCUAAUCAAGCAGUACGGGAUGAAGCCAACAUGGAUCGAGUACGAAAACAAGCUGAAGAAAAAUCGGUGACUCACUCGGUCUUGCCAGGUUCCUGCACGAGUUUAAACUGGUUUCCGUACUUCUUGAGAGCUGACUUCGCGUUGAUCCAAUAUUGCUUGAUCUGAGGAGACACAGAAGGAUGCGACAGAAGGCCGUCAAUUCUCACCUCUAACUUCUUGAAACACGAUCUAGUGAAAAUCGAUUUCUCGUAUCUGAACUUAAUGAACGCUCCAUAGACAACCAGAGCAAUCCAGAACCCUUUGGACCACAAAAGUGCCCUGAAAACAAUGUAGACAAAGGUGGAAAUCUCAAAAUUGGCAGCAUAGUACAUGGACAAGUCGUUGUAGUUGGCAACAAACGAACCAAGCUUGUUGGCAAGGGCUUCCUGGUUUUUGAGUCCCAAUUUUGGCAAAACCGCUCCCCUGAUGUACGUGAUACAGUGGAAGAACGAAAAAAACACAAAGGGGAAGAUGGACAGAGAAAUAACAGGCAAAACCAGUAGUAGAGCCAAAGCAAUUAAGAUAUAUUGGACGUUAUCGUCCGCAAGAACCACCUUGGGGUUGUUCAGUUUCAGGCUGCCAGCCUUCCACGAUUGAUGGAUAAUGAUUCCAAACGACUCAAUCACAGACAGAUAAAUCAGAGUGUAGCUGAAUUUGUGGAAAGAGCCCCUCGAUCUGUAAGUAAGAAAAUAGACAAGAGAGUAGAAAAGUGUGGUGACAUGGCCGGCAAACCAGGCGAAUUGAGCGGUCUGCACCAGUUCAAUAAGCUGAUCUUUUAAAGGCUUUGCUGGGGCGGCGGCUUUUGGACUUGACAUUUGCUAACUUUCAAAAAUGGCGCAACUCAGCUUG